CUUCCUCUCAUUGGUUGACCCCUUGUUUUCUUUUCUCACACUCAUUUUCAGCCAAACUCUCAAGGCAACAAUGGACCCUCCGAAGAAGCCGCAGAAAACCGUUGACGCGCCGAGCUACCCGAUGGCCACAGGCCAGCCCGUCCAAGUGGAUGCACACGGCCGCCCUGUGGUCGAAGCCGUGCCUGCCUCGCCCGGUAGCUUUCCAGCCGUCCAGACUCGUGUGGUGCCUAACAACUCCAACAUUCGCCGCGACGCGCAGAGCAACGCACUGUGCAACAAGUGCUCAGCGCCAUACCCGCUUCCCGCUGGCUGCACGAGCUGGAGAUGCCGAAACUGUGGAGAACUGAAUAACGCCAGCAUCUACGGCAACGAAUGGUGCAACAUCCUGUAGAAGGAAGUGGCAAAUGGUGGCUCAAAAGAGACAAGAAUCUCACAUUUAUUUUACAUAACCAGAUGAAGGAGUGACUGUUGUUGCAACUGGGAUUGAAUGUCAAAGUAACGUUAGGUUGAGUGCUGGCGCAACGAUCUUCAUCUCCCACCGAAGCAGGCCUUGCAGUGUAUCCGCAGCAUUUCGUUGCGCGUCUUCUUCAGUGCAAUAGUCGGUUCUGCCAGCCCAUACAACUUGUUGAUACUUUUCGCCUGUCAUCGCGUUCUCCACGUCGUACGCUUCAGUAGUAAGGGCGAGGUCGGCCCACGCUAUUUUCCGACCAGCUUCGUCUCGAUGGAUGCUGUCGCUGGGAUAAUCAACAGCGACGCUCUGUGUACCCAAGACGUACCCCGUGCCAGUAAUUGUACUACCGUGUGAGCAUGAGAACUCUUUGGUCGCUUCGACUAAGAAGUGUACGAAUACCGAACGAAAAAUAGAGAUAUCGCUAGGAGAAUCAACAUCACGUACAAACACGUAGGCGUUUGGGUUCAUCUGCUGGAGAACUUCAAGUCUGGACGUUUCGGCUUUGACAGUCUUGAACCUUGACAACUGAAUGUCAUUCGUCCACGUCUUGUGCAUGAUGUCGAGCACGUUGAGGUUGGUGAACUUUUUCAAGAAGACGAACUCCAUCACACUACCUUCGACGCGUUGUAUGAUGUCCCAACCAAAGGCUUGCAUUCGAUGCGUGCGUUUGUCCACAAGUCCGGAUGGAGGGUUCAGUCGAUUCUCGACGUGGCGGAUAUCCCGUUUAUUGUCUAGAAUGGUACGAGUCAGAUCCCACUCAGUCAGAGGGUGGAACCCCAACUCUUUCUCUGCCUGAACCUCAUCCACCGUAUCAAGUUGCACCUCCACAGCGCUCUGAAACUUCUGUGUGGCAGCCAAACUGCUAGCUUCGAAGUCGAGAACGCGCUGGAUCUGGAGCGUCCACGCUGCCUUUUGCUUGAGCAUCGAGCGUAGAAGCAGCUUCUCGGCUCCGAGUUGUUUUGCCAGCGCCGCCAAGUCUGGGUGGCCUUGUUCGUCGCUGUGAUCCAUAUGUAGUGUAGCCAACUCGGUGUCUUUAUUUGCGGCUUCAGCCCGACGACACAGCUCUGCAUACUCUUUCUCGAGCUCAAUUACUGUG